AGAUCAUUCUUUGAUUCCUUUGGUCGUAGAUUUAAGAUGCAUGAUAUGAUACAUGAUCUAGCGAAAUUAAUUGCAGGAAAUGAGUGCUACACAAUUGUGGACAACUGGCUAUCCUGUUUCCCCGAUGGGGUUCGCCAUUUAUGCAUACAAGGUCAAGAGGAAUUAGUGAAAUCACUAUGCUCGCAAAAUCUUAGGGCCCUACGGACCUUCUUACUAUCGGCUCAGUGUGGGUGUGUGUAUAAUAUGAUAAAAGAAGUAACCCACUUUCCACUGCUUCUACUAAGGACAGAAUGCUUACGGACUCUAAAAUUUGUUUGGAAGAGUGAAGAUGAGUUGCCCGAUUCAAUCAGCAACCUGAAACACCUACGCUACUUGCAUAUCACAUCCAAAUUUGUUAAGAGGCUCCCUGAAUCAGUAUGCCUCCUUUACCACCUACAGACAUUGAUUCUUGAUUGUGAUGGUCUUGCAAAGUUACCAGAUGGCCUAGGUAACCUUAUUAACCUACGAUACUUUAAACUACAGACAUAUUGGAUUAAAAGGCUCCCUGAAUCAGUUUGUCAGCUGAGCAACCUGCAGACUUUGGAUCUUCAUUGGUGCAAGCAACUUAAAGAGUUACCCAGUGGCAUAGGAAGCCUUACAAACCUCCGCUACCUAGAUACUGUGCGCGCUCAAAGUCUCUGUCUGCCAGCUGGAAUUAAAAAACUAACAAAUCUUCAGAGAUUGCAUGGAUGUUAUGAAGUGCAGGGUGGGAUAGGAGUGUUAAAGGACUUGGUGAACCUCCAAGGAGAUCUCUGCAUCUCAGGGCUCAGGAACUUGGUCAGCAUAGGGGAUGCGAAGGAUGUUGGUCUUAAAUAUAAGCAUAAACUUGAGCAGUUGUAUCUAUUUUGGGAUGCCAACUGUGAAAAUGAUUGGCAUUAUGAGGGCGAUAAUAUUGGACUACAUCUAAAAGUUUUUCUAGAGGAAAAUAAGGAUGUCCCAGCUGAUGAAAAAAGGGAGGAAGCGCUGCUUGAGUAUCUCCAACCUCCCACUAACCUCAAAAAGUUGCUUAUAAGUGGGUAUGGUGGUUCCAAGUUUCCAGAAUGGGUGGGAAAUCUUUUAUCCUUUGCAUCACUUAAGGAUAUUGUUAUUAUUGAUUGUGAAAAAAUAAGGUCCCUUCCUCUAUACAUUCAUGACUCUCUUGGAAAAUUGGAUGCAUCCAUAUCAAAAUCUAUGCUUGAGAGGGUAUCCAUUUAUGGUUGCCCAAAACUCACAUCCAUAGGAGGGCUGCAUAAUCUCCACUCACUUAAACAACUGAAGAUAUCCGUUUGUCCUCAGCUCCUGAUAUUAUCAGAGGAAGGACUGCCAUCCAAGCUUCAAAAGCUGCAUAAUGAGGAGUGCCAAUGGUUGACAUCAUUGUCAGGGAUGCAAAACCUUACUUCUUUUGGAGCAUUAAAUAUUUAUAAUUGUCUUCAACUCUGGCUCUUAUCAGAGCAAGGACUGCCAUUCAAGCUUCAAUAUCUGCAUAUUGAGGAGUGCCAACAAUUGACAUCACUGCCGGGGAUGCAACACCUUGCUUCUCUUAGAGCAUUAACCAUAACAAAAUGUCCUCAACUUCGGCUUUUAUCAGAGGAAGGACUGCCAUCCAAGCUUGAAUCACUGCAUAUAGAGAAGUGCCAGCAGUUGACAUUGCUAUCGGGGAUGCAAAACCUUACUUCUCUCAGAGCAUUAACUAUAAAAAAUUGUCCUCAACUCCGGCUCUUAUCAGGGGAAGAACUUCCAUCCAGUCUUCAAGAUCUGCAUAUUGAGGAGUGCCAACAGUUGAUGUCACUGCAGGGGAUGCAAAACCUUGCUUCUCUUGAACUAUUAACCAUAACAAAUUGUCCUCAACUCCAGCUCUUAUCAGAGGAAGGACUGCCAUCCAAGCUUCAAUAUCUGUAUAUUGAAGAAUGCCAGCAGUUGACGUCACUUUCGGGGAUGCAAAAUCUCACUUCUCUUGGAAAAUUAACCAUAAGAAAUUGUCCUCAACUCCUACUCUUAUCAGAGGAAGGACUGCCAUCCAAGCUUGAAAAACUGUAUAUAGAGAAGUGCCAGCAGUUGACAUCGCUAUCGGGGAUGCAAAACCUUACUUCUCUCAUAGCAUUAACUAUAAAAAGUUGUCCUAAACUCCGGCUCUUAUCAGUGGAAGACCUACCAUCCAUUCUUCAAGAUCUGCAUAUUGAGGAGUGCCAACAGUUGAUAUCACUGCCGGGGAUGCAAAACCUCACUUCUCUUGGAGAAUUAACCAUAAUAAAUUGUCCUCAACUCCAGCUCUUAUCAGAGGAAGGCCUACCAACCAAUCUUCAAGAUCUGCAUAUUGAGGAGUGCCAACAGCUGAUUUCACUGCAGGGGAUGCAAAACCUCACUUCUCUUGAAGCAUUAACCAUAAUAAAUUGUCCUCAACUCUGGCUCUUGUCAAAGGAAGAACUGCCAUCCAAGCUUCAAUAUCUGUAUAUUGCGGACUACCAGCAGUUGACAUCACUUUCGGGAGUGCAAAACCUUGCUUCUCUUAGAGCAUUAACUAUAACAAAUUGUCCUCAACUCCGGCUCUUAUCAGAGGAAGAACUGCCAUUCAAGCUUCAAAGACUUUUUAUUGAGAAGUGCCAACAGUUGACAUCACUGUCGGGAAUGCAAAACCUUACUUCUCUUGAUGCAUUAACUAUACAAAAUUGUCCUAAACUUCAGAUCAUAGCAGAAGAGCAGCUCUCAUCUAUGCCUAAAUAUGUGGAUAUUAUUGAUUGCCCUGGAUUGGUCAAGUGGUGCGAAGUACAAAAAAUCAACUGCAUUCAGGUCGUUUCAGGCAACAAGCUGACUAUAUCGAACUCAUGGGGGAAGAUAAUGCAUGGGUUUGAUGAUUUGACAUCCAUUGAGCAUCUUUGUUUCAGUAAUUCUUGGAAAUUGUUUCUGGAAACAAUCUCCAUAAGCAUACUUGAAGAGCUGACAAUAUGGGGUUGCACGCACGUCCCAUCUAUAAGGUGCCUGCCUGAGGUCACAUCUCUCCGAAGCAUGGUAAUAAAGGACUGUCCUGGAAUCCAACACAUGGCAGAUCAAGCGCUUCCAUGCACGCUUGAUUCCUUGGUAGUUGAUAGUUGCGAGGACCUAAGGUGUUUACAGCUGGCACUGCAGAACCGAGAUGCACUUAAGGAGCUGCAGAUUGUGAACUGCCCCAAGCUCACGAUGGUGGAAGGGCUGAAUUGCAUUUUCUUCCUAAGAUUAUUAAGAAUAGAACAAUGCCCUAAAAUCCAGCUUUCCCCAGCUGAUUUGCCACCAUUUAAUUUUCCACGUGUCAAAAUUGCAUUGGUAUUGCAAGAGAAGUUCAAUCCUCCACAAUCAGAGGAAGCAGAGAACAGAGAAACAAUUGAUGAUAAAACCCUGGAGAAACGAGUGAUGAGGUGUGUGGUGAUUGAACAUUUUAACAAUGCUGUAUCUCCGAUACUUAAUGCUGCAUCUGAUUGCAACACGGGUCAAAUCCUAGAGGGGCUUCCUUCUAGUAGCACCUCUCAGUCCCUGUUGGAAGACAAGGAGAUUGUGGCAAUGAUGAUUGGCGGGAUGGAAGACAAUGAUUGCCAUCAUGACAAGAACCCAUUAUAGGAUAAUUAUCCAUCCUCCCCAUUCGAUGUUGGUUAAUCAUCUAACAGCAUGGAUGGAGCCUAUGGGAUCAAGCAGCUCCAACCGAAUAAUUUACUGUGCUAUAUCCAUUACAGACUCAGCUCCUUCAAGGCCAUGGCAGCUGUGACUAGCUGAGAUCCCCAUGAUCUGCCUUCGGCAACAGGAUUUAGCCAUUACCUUUCCAGAUUCUCAGCCAUUCAAGCCUACUUCAAGGCAGUCUGAUGCUACAGUAGCAUAUAUUGAACAUGAAAACAGUGCUGUAUCUCCAAUAUUUGAUGGUGCAACUGAUUGCAAUAUGGGUCAAUUCCUACACUUGGGCUCCCUUCUGCUUGCAGAUUGCAGUACCCAAUACAUAAAAAUGCAAAACCAUCAGCAUGGAUCAGCAUAGCACUAUUAGAUAUAUUUUUAAUUAUUAGCUAAGUUUUUUUUUUUUUCUUUCUGUUGCUUGUAUACAGAAUUGAACAUGUGCUGGCAUGGUGCACACACUGUCUGCCAAUAGGUGUUUGGAAAGGGUAUGGGUACUGAUAUCUAAAUCCUUGGUCAAGAUUAACCAAAUUACUGUCAUCUUCCUUGAAUGUAUCAUGCAUUUAAAAAUUUGGUUUCUUGUCCAACUUGAUUGUUUAUUUGUGGGCA